AUGGUGCCCUCCCGCCUGCUGUGGCUCCCCCGCCUGCUCCGCUGGCCAUCGCUGACCUGUGCCUACUCGGCAGGGGGCAGCCCUUCCAUGGAGAAGCCGGUGGAGGCGGCCAUCCGGGCCAAGCUCCAGGAGGCCCUGCAGCCCAUCCACCUGGAGGUCAUCGACGACAGCCACAUGCACGACGUGCCGCGGGGCGCGGAGACCCACUUCCGGGUGGUGGUGGCUAGCCAGCGCUUCGAGGGCCUUGCCCUCAUCCACCGCCACCGGCUGGUGAACGACAUCCUUCAGGAGGAGCUGGCCGGCCCGGUCCACGCCCUUUCCAUCCAAGCCAAGACCCCGCAGCAGUGGGAGAAGAACCCCGCAGCAGGCCAGCCCCCCAAGUGCCUCGGCGGCUCCAAACACGACCCCCACGUGGCCAGCAAAGUGGGCAAGACGGACUGA